AUGGGGAUAGAGGAUAAUAACAUGAGGAACGGCAGAGGCCUGUCGGACCAAUGGGCCGAUAGCAUGGUGGUUCGGCCCCGGACCACGGAGCGAAGCAUCACCGUCCACAAGAAACUGGUCCUGGGGUUCGCCAUCUCCAUCCUCACCCUCAUCGUCGUCACGGCCAUCGCGGUUCUCCUCAGCGUCCGGUUCGAGGAGUGCGCCGGGGAGAGCAGCUCACGAGGGGCCAAUGGCUCUAACGCCAAGUUCAACGGGUCACGGGAUGGAAACGGGAACCACAAAGAUGAAGAAGCCCAGCCGUGGAGACACCUCCGGUUACCGACAUCUCUCCGGCCCCGGCACUACGACCUGCGUCUCUCAGUGAACAUGGAUAACUUUACAUUCUCCGGGGAAGUGAACAUUGAAUUCGAGUGUGUAAACUCUACCAAAUUCAUAGUGCUUCACACGGACCGCCUCGAGGUGGAGAAAGUGGCGGUUUACUCGGAUAAUAAAAAACCCGGUGUCAUGAGAAUCCACCGCCAAUUCCAUUACCCAGGCAACCAGGUUUAUGUGAUCGCUUUACACAGGGAGCUGAAGCCCAUGAGGACGUAUAAAGUAAACAUUACUUUCGACGCUCAAAUAGAAAGUGAACUCCUGGGAUUUUUCCGCAGCUCAUAUAUUCUGCAAGGAGAGAGAAGGUACAUGGCGGUGACACAGUUCUCCCCCACCCACGCCAGAAAGGCCUUUCCGUGUUUUGAUGAGCCCAUCUACAAGGCCACGUUCCGGGUCAGCCUGAGACACGAUGCGUCCUACCUCUCUCUCUCCAACAUGCCUGUAGAGGCCUCCAUCUCUGAUGAUGAUGGCUGGGUGACCAACCACUUCUCCAGGACCCCUCGUAUGUCCACCUACUACCUGGCCUGGGCCGUCUGUAACUUUACCUACAGAGAGGUGACCACUGACAGUGGAGUGGUGAUCCGGCUGUAUGCCAGGCCCAACGCCAUCCAGAGCGGAGCGGGUGACUACGCUCUCCACAUCACAAAGAGACUCCUCCAGUUCUAUGAGGAUUACUUCAAAGUCAAAUACUCCCUGCCCAAAUUAGGUGAGACACGUGGGGCCCGGGGCUAA